AUGUCGACAACGGUGGAGAAGAUCAAGGAGAUCGAGGCCGAAAUGGCCCGAACUCAAAAGAACAAAGCCACAGCCUUCCACUUGGGCCAGCUCAAGGCGAAGCUCGCCAAGUUAAAGCGCGAGCUUCUCACCCCGACGUCGGGCGGCGGCGGCGGUGGCGGCGCGGGCUUCGACGUUGCGAGGACGGGCGUUGCGAGUAUCGGUUUCAUCGGGUUCCCGUCCGUGGGGAAGAGUACGUUGAUGAGCAAGUUGACGGGGCAGCAUUCGGAGGCGGCGGCGUAUGAGUUUACCACGUUGACUUCGGUGCCGGGCCAGGUUGUGUACAAUGGUGCACCACUGCAAAUGAUCGACUUACCCGGUAUCAUCGAGGGAGCCAAGGACGGCCGUGGUCGUGGUCGCCAGGUCAUCGCCGUCGCGAAAACCUGCAACCUCAUCUUCAUCGUCCUCGAUGUCAACAAACCCCUGACCGACAAGCACAUCAUCGAGUCCGAACUGGAGGGCUUCGGUAUCCGCCUAAACAAGAGCCCGCCGAACAUCACCUUCAAGAAGAAGGACAAGGGCGGCCUCAACAUCACGAGUACCGUCGCUCUGUCUCACAUCGACCACGACGAGAUCAAGGCCGUCAUGAGCGAGUACCGCAUCGCUUCGGCCGACAUCACGAUUCGCUGCGAUGCCACCGUUGAUGAUCUCAUCGAUGUGCUCGAGGCCAAGAGUCGUAGCUAUAUCCCCGUCAUCUAUGUUCUCAACAAGAUCGACUCCAUCAGCAUCGAGGAGCUCGAUCUCCUCUAUCGAAUCCCGAAUGCUGUGCCAAUCAGUUCCGAGCACGGAUGGAACGUCGACGAGCUCAUGGAGGCCAUGUGGGAGAGAUUGAAUCUGGUCCGCGUGUACACGAAACCCAAGGGUAAGAUGCCCGACUACUCGUCACCUGUUGUCCUCCGAGCAAACAAAUGCACGGUCGAAGACUUUUGCAACGCCAUUCAUCGUACAAUCGCCGAGCAAUUUAAGCAAGCCAUCGUCUAUGGCAAGUCCGUCAAGCACCAACCUCAACGUGUUGGUCUCUCUCACGAAUUGGCUGACGAGGAUAUCGUGACAAUCAUCAAACGAUGA